AUGCCGCAGUUAACACUUACCCUGCCAUCACCCAACGACAACAAUGAAGACUUCAAUCCGGCGGUAGAAAAGGAAAAAGCAGACCACAACACCGCACUUCUAAAUGAUGAUCAACUGCAAAUAUACAACGCUGUCAUCCAGUCAAUCACGUCACAACAACCAGCCUUCUACUUCUUAGAUGGCCCAGGAGGAACUGGGAAAACGUUCACCUACAACACCAUAAUGCAACGCGUACGUUCAACAAACCAACCCAUCAUUGUCGUAGCAUCAUCCGGCAUAGCUUCCGAACUGUUAGAAGGCGGCCGAACAGCACACUCAAAAUUCAAAAUACCAAUACUGAUACAACCCCACAGCACAUGCAGCAUCUCAAAGAACUCCUCUCUUGCAACAAAUAUCAAGAACGCUGCACUCAUCGUCUGGGACGAAGCACCCAUGAUGCACAAACACGUCUUCGAGGCACUUCACCGUUCACUUUGUGACAUUAUGGACGUACCGGACAACAUACCCUUUGGAGGCAAAACAAUACUUCUUGGAGGAGACUUCCGCCAAGUCCUCCCGGUCAUACGACAUGGCAAGGAGGCAGACGUACUAGCCAGCAGCCUCAAAAACUCCUUCCUCUGGCCAAAUAUCGACUACACCAGAGCGAUACUUUGUCCAACAAAUGAGGAUGUCGACAACAUCAACAACAUCAUCAUCAACAACCAACCACAACAAACCACAACCUACCUCAGCACCGAUACACUCACAGACACCACUCAGCGCUUCGUCUACCCAACAGAAUUCCUCAACACCCUGACCCCCUCAGGUCUGCCACCACACAAACUAACUCUACAAAAGAACACACCUGUCCUUCUACUCAGGAAACUAGAUCCUAAAAACGGCCUCCUAAAUGGAACACGCCUCCGCAUUGUCAACCUUGGACAACGCCUUCUCGAAGCAGAAAUCAUGACCGGCAAAAAAACAGGCAAAUUCGUUUUCAUCCCAAGGAUAUCCAUAAUCCCAUCAGACUCAGGACUCCCAUUCGACUUCAAACGCCGCCAGUUCCCAGUUAAGCCAGCAUACGCAAUGACUAUUAACAAAAGUCAAGGACAAACCCUCUCCUUCGUCGGCAUCAACCUCACCCGUCCAGUCUUCACACAUGGCCAACUGUACGUCGCCAUGUCCAGAGCAACCUCACUACAGAACAUCUGCAUAUUAACCGCAACAACCAACGACAACCAGUACUACACCAGAAACAUUGUCUACAGCUCCAUAUAA